GGAUAGAGGAACAAAAAAUACAUAUAUACGCAGUAAUAAUGGUUUUCUGGUUUCGUUUAAUAAUGCUGUUGGUGGCGUUUUCAUCAUCAACAAUGUUGUUUGCUGAGGAGCCGAAUUCCACGUCAAUAAACGGAGGAGGGUUUAAGGCGACUCUCCGGCGCGUUGACUCUGGCGGCAACUUUACUAGACUGGAACGGCUGCGACGCGCGAUGAACCGUCAGCUGCCCCACCAGAGGCUGGCCGCAAGCAACGACGUGCAGUCAAAGGUUCUCCCCGUCUCCGGGGAGUUCUUAAUUCAGCUAGGCAUCGGGAGCCCGCCGGUGUUUUCGAAUUAUCUCAUGGACUCCGGCAGUGACUUGAUAUGGUCGACGCAGUGUUCUGCGGCCAGGAUUCAGGGUGCGACGAUCCCCUGCGACCACCCCAUCUGCGGUACGCCGAGGCCGCCGUUUUUGCCGUGUAACGUUCGCGGCCCAUCUUGCUGGUUCGACGCCGGAUAUAAGGACGGAUCAAAAAGUGCGCAAGGCACUAUGGUCAACGCAAAAAUUACAUUCAGCGACGGCUCUUCGUUUGAUAAAGUUCUUUUAGGGUGCGGUCAACUUUAUCAGAGUUAUGCUAAUAAUACUGUUUCCCCCAUAGACCCACCGUCGGGAUCCUCCGGUAUAGUCGGUAUCGGCCGCCGGCAGUUGUCUUUGGUUUCCCAGCUCAACAUGAAGCAGUUCUGGUAUUGCUUAACCGACAUUGAAAGCCUUGCAGCGAGCACCCUUGUGUUGGGAUCUCCUGCGGGUGUUGUCGCGGCGGCUGAAUCAUAUUCAGCCGCCGUGACAAACACCCCUCUGUUACCACACAAAAUGCUUUACUGCAUCUCACUUAAGGGGAUUAGUGUGGGCGGCGUACCGUUGCCUGUAGAGGAGGCGGAGUUCGAGGCUCACCCGGUGGGGGUCCCCGGGAUGGUGAUCGACUCCGGGGCCACCUUCACCGGCCUGUAUCCCACCGUGUUCGGGGCGCUCCGGGAUGAGCUUAUUAGGCAGGUGGGGGAUCAUCUGCCGGUGGCGAGUGAUCCCGCGGGGAAAACGGUUAUGGAAUUGUGUUUCGUUCUGCCGUCCGGCGGCGCCAAUAUCAACGACAUCUUCCCCCAGCUGACCCUUCACUUGGACGGCGGCGAUUUGGUUCUCCCUCAACAGAACUACAUCGAGACCGUAGCUGGACUGGCGUGUUUGGCCAUGGUAAGCACGGACAUAGCCAGUCCAUCCAUAUUUGGAAGUACCCAGCAGCAGAAUAUGAUGGUGAAGUUUGAUCUUGUCCAGAGUACUGUAUCCUUUCAAUCCACACAGUGUGAUCAGAUCCCAUGAUUUCACUCCUUCAAUCCGAUCUAGGGAGUGUUCUUUAAUUUAUUUUUGUUUGCCCAUUUCGAAUUACAAGUAAUAUUGCAGACAUGAAGUGAUUGUCAAUCGUGGUUUUGUAUUCGGUUGGGCAUUAACCUUUAGUUUGCAUCAAGAAUAUGUGUGGUUUUGUAUUCAGUUGGGCAUUAAACUUUAGUUUGCAUCAAGAAUAUGU